GUGAGAAAUUUCAGUUGGCUCGCAUCAUGGCCGUAACGGAUAGCAACGUAGACGGCAUGUUGUCGAUCAGGAGCACGUCUGCAUGACAAGCGUUGCCCCUUCACUGGCGCUUACGCGCAUCGUACCCAUCUUGGUUGCGUGCGUCUUUGCGCCGUUGACGACGACUACAGCGUGCUGGUAGGCCUGUACGUCGGCCAGGUUCGUGGCGUCUCCAGUAAUGUGGGACGACGCGCCAGAGUCCAUGAGGACUUGGCCUUGGAAGUCGAAGGUGUGGAAGACAACGGCGUCUUGUUGGGCAUCGUCCGAGUCUUCCGUAUCCAUAGCCGUGAAUGUCCACCCACCAUCGUCUUGUGGGGGCUUCGUAUUCUUGCAUCGGCUUGCCGGCUGCUUUGUUCCGGCAUUCCAAUUCCCACUGGCCGAUAUUGCCCCAUCAGUUGCAUCCACCCAUCUUAUUGGGUUGCUCCCGUGCUGUCAGCGCGCGUUCGCCAUUGUUGUCGCUCCUUGGGUUGGUUGUUGCCUUGGCCUCGGGGCAGUGAGUCCACUUGGUGUGUCACAGGGGGAAUCUGCCACAGUAGCAUGUCGAGGAGCCGGUCCACCACCAUGGCGUCGUGGACAGCGUAACCACUCACACGGAGCUUCUGCAGGACGAUCUCGUAUAGUUCCAGGAACUGUGGGUGGCGAGGCGGUCAACCCGUGUUUUGGGUUCGUGAUGCUCAGAGCGCACCUUGCUUCAACGUACGUCUUGGCAUCGGCGAAAUACUGCUGUUGAGUCUCGGAGCAGCAAGUAAGGAGGUUGCCCAGGGCAUAUCCAUCUUGUUCGGGGGUGUAGGUCGACGACGGACUGGUCGGAGUGGUCGUGGGUCGUUGGCAUCGACUGCGGAUGCCGUAAUAGCCAGCUCUGCUGCUGGUUGGAUGCCGGUAUCAUAGACGGCUUUGAGACUCUUGCUCAACAUGCGUCCUUUGAGCGUGAUAGGACAAGCGUUCAAAUUGCCCUCCAUGAACAUCUUGAUCGCAGACAUCAUAUCAUGGCUCAUCUCGGUUGGGCUCAUAACCUGUUGAGCUAGGACGAACAGGACAGAGGCGAGCGAGAGGCUGUGAAGCCAAUUGAGAAGAUUCUAGAAUAGAUUACUGGUUGUUAAGGCUCUGAUAUCUGUGGUAACAUGAAUGGCUCACA